AUGAAGAAGAUAGCAUCUAAUGAAGAUUCUGUUUCUGAUUUUGAAUCUUCAAUUAUUUCAAAUAUGAAUGUGAAUAAUGUUAAUCGUCCUAAUGUUGGAAAACGGACUAGAAAAUCAAAAGAUUCACUACAAAAUCUUCAAACAAAUCAUGAAUCAAAAUCAAAUAAAAAAACUAAUUCUUUAUCAUCUAAUGAAAGUCAUACUUCAUAUGAAUCUGCUAGUACUAUGACAUCAAAAACAUAUUCAUCAACAUUAUCUAGUAAACAAAUUAAAGAAUUUCGCCAAUGUAUCGAAAAUGAAUAUGAUGUAUUACAAAGAAAUGAAGUAAGUUAUUUUUAUUAUAUAAAUGACCAAUCUGCAAUAUUACGCGCACGUAGACAACUUGAACAAGCUACUAAUGGAACUUUUUUUGUUCGUCCAGCUGAAGAAAACGAACGAACAUCGAACAUUGAAUAUUUCCUUGAUUUUGUUGCUCAUAAACAAAUUGUCGAAGUACCAAUCUGUUGUGAUAAGGAACAUAGAACAUUUUGGUUUCUCACCGGAUGUGGUCAUGGAUCUGAAGUAAGACGAGUAUAUACUGGUAUUGAUAUACUCAUUCAACAUAAACAAGAAAAUCAUUUUUAUGAAUUACAAUAUCCAUUUCGAAUUUGUCUAUACCGACCGAUUGAUCGAACGAUUGUAACAUGUAUCCCACUACCUGAUGAAGUUCGUGGCAUGACUUGUCAAAAAACUAUUCUUCAUGAAUUAGCUACUCAAGGUUUAGUACUAUGUUUUAAAGAACUUAUUCAAAUAUCGAAAAAUGAUCUUGAUUCUCUACAAACAAAAGCUUUGUUUAUAAUAAAUAAAAUAAAUGGAAAAAAUAAACAAGGUCAAACACCAUUAAUAUUAGCUAUUCUUUUUAAAAAGUAUGAUUUUAUUGAUAUUCUUCUUGAUAAUAAAGUUAAUGUUAAUAUAACGGAUACAGAAGGUUGUUCACCAUUACAUUAUACAUGUCGACAAGGUAUUCCUACAAUAUUAAAAAAGUUAAUUGACCUAAAUGCUGAUCCACAUUAUGUCAAUUCAAGAAAAACUACAGAUGCUAGUUAUGAAUCAAAUCUAUCAGCAUUUCAUUAUUUAGCAAUGUCGAAAGGAACAACACAAAAAAAUCUCAUACGAUGUGCAAAGUAUCUUCUACAAUGUGGAUGUUCUUUGAUGCCUUUAACACAUAAUGGGAAAACACCAUUUGAUAUUGCUAAAAUAUAUAAUAAUAAUGCAUAUGAAUGUAUAAAGAUAUUUUGUAAUAAAUAUCAAUUUAAUCAAUUACAUCCUAUGGAAGUAUCAUCUCGUAAUGAUGCGAAAACUAUUUUGACUGAUUUAACUUGUCCUAAUACAUUUGGAAAGGUUCGUUUACGUCUUAAAAAAUAUGAUAAUAGUUAUUGCUUUAAAAGUGAAGGUCUUUUCUUAUUAUAUCAAAUAAAGAAAAAAACUAAAAUCGAACCUAAUGGAGAACUUGGCCUAUGUGUUCAUCAUAAUAGACAAAUAUAUAUUUAUCCUAUCUCACAAAGACAUAAUUAUAGUAUUACAUAUCCAUCAAAUUCAACACGAAAGAUUCUUUAUAAAUUUUCAUUAAUAACUGAUACAGCACAAGAUGAUCAAACACAAGUCAUAUUAUUUAAAUCACCUGAUGAAUUGAUUUAUAAUCAUACUAAAUACAAAGGUAUAUUACCAACUUUAUUGCGAAAUUUUGUUCGAAAGGAAAAUAAUGAAAUGAUAACAAUUGAUGCUCAAACUCUAAUAUUACCUAGUGAUCAAUCGGGACUUAUUACUGAUGAUGAAGAACCUGACAUUGAAAAUGAAGAAAUUACUACUAAUACUGUCGAAGACAUUAAUUCAAUAAAUCGUAUUGAUUUAUUUCAAAUACAAUCAGCAAAAAUUCUUGAUGAAAAUGAAAAACGACUUAUAUGGUUAGCAAAAAUUCGAUUAGAUCAUACAAUACUUUUUCCUAUUAUUAUUAAAGAUUAUUUACCUAAGAAAAAUAUUGAUUUAUAUAAAGAAUAUCGAUUAAAAGAAUUAAAUAAUCUUUCACAAAAUGAAAUUAUUAUUUCUAAUAAUGAAUUUUCAUUUGAAUAUAAUUCUCGUACUCAUCAUGAAUAUGAUCAUGAAUCAAAAAUUUUACUUCAACAAUUUAAAAAUUAUCCAUUAAUUAUUCAUACAUUUCUUUGUGAUCAUAAUUUAGAAAGAGAUUUACGUUUAUUUAUAGAAUAUUUACCAAUGGGAAAUUUACAUUCAUAUUUAAAAAAAUUAGAUCCACAUUCAUUAGAUCCAUUAAUUAAUGGAUUUCAUUGGAUCUAUCAAUUAUCACAAGUAAUGGCAUUUUUAUCAAAUAAUAAAAUAGUUCAUCGUGAUUUAGCAACAAGAAAUAUUCUAUUACAAAAUGAAAAAUAUAUUAAAUUAAGUGAUUUUGGUUUAUCACGUUGUGAAGGUUUAAAACUUGAAAAAAAUGAUUGUAUUGUACCAAUACGUUGGUCUGCACCGGAAUGUUUUGAUCGAACACAAAUUGUUUCAUCAUUAUCUGAUGUUUGGUCAUUUGGUAUUGUUAUUUGGGAAAUCUAUUCAUUUGGUGCUAUACCAUAUGAAACAGAUAUUCAUACGAAUUCUCAACAAAGUAUUUAUUUAUUAAAAAGAUUUUUAAUUGAACAAGGUCGUCGAUUAUCACGACCAGAACGAUGUUCAAAAAGUAUAUAUGAUUUAAUGUAUCGUUGUUGGAAUGGAAAUAUUACUAAACGACCAUAUUUUGUUGAUAUAAUCGAUGAAUUAAAUGGAACAAAUGUAAGAAACAAUUGUAUAAUACCAUUUACUCAUGAAGAAAGAAAAGCAUGGAAAAUAGCAAAAGAUGAAUAUCUUAAUAUUCAUAAGUCAAUUCAAAUCACAUCAACUAUUGAAAAUCCUUAUAUAGAAUUGGACAAUAAUGAAAAUGAAGAUACGAUACUAUUGUGA